AUUUCCUGUCUAUAACGAUACAAAUGUUUUUAUUGUUGUUGUUGUCAUGGUGCUAAAUAAACAUUUUUUUUUACCAGAUAACCAAAAGAAAAAAUAUAAUGACGAAGUGCUUUUAAUUACUGAAGAGCUUAACACUAAAGCUUAACAGCAUGACUUCUGAAAUAAAUGAAUUAGAAACUAAUUUGCGCUUGAUUUUACUUUCUAGUGCUUGUCCGAACAUUCAGUUUUUAUUAAAAAGUAUCCAGAAAAAUGUUAAAAGAGUUAUAUAUACUUUUGAAAGCAGCUCUUUGGAUGACAUUUUAUCAUUUGUUAUUGCUGAACUUGGUGGUAGAAAAGUUCAAAGUAUAGCAUUUGUUCUGCAUGGAAAUGGUAAAGAGAUAUAUUUAGCUGGUGUUGGCAACAUGGUGCUGUCACAGAAUACGCUGCAGCAUGAAAGCAUAAAAGAUUUCUUUAUUUGUCUAUCAUCUACUUUUUUAAUCAAACACAAGGGCAAUGCAAGAAUAGAUUUUUUAAAUACCUCUUUGAAAAAUGAAAAUGAAUGUUUGAAGUUAAGUGAAGAGCUACAAAAAAUUGUUAAUUGCACAGUAGGUAUUUGUGGAGAUUUCAGUCAGUGUGAUGUUAAAGUUACAGCUGAGUAUAAAGGAGAGCUCAGGCAAAUACCCAUCACUGAAUUAUAUUUCAUUCCUGAGAAACUUGAAGAAUUUUUGAAUUCUUCAAUGCAAAGUCAUAUGCAAAAUCUUUCUGGAUAUGAAAAAAUACGUACUGUUGGUAAAGGGGCCUUUGGAACUGCAGUUCUGUACAGGAAAAAAUAUGAUGAUUCUUUAGUUAUUGUGAAGGAAAUAAAUAUGCAUGAUUUAACAGCAAGUGAGCGACAACUAGCCAUCAAUGAGAUUAGUGUUUUAUCAUUACUUAAUCAUGAAAAUAUUGUGAGCUAUUAUGAUAGUUUUGAAGAAGAUGGUGUUUUGAUGAUUGAGAUGGAAUAUGCCGAUGGCGGGAAUUUGGCUCAAUACUUGGCACAGAUGAAAAAUUUGAUGGAGGAAAAAGAUAUUCUUUUGCUUUUUAAACAAAUUGUUUCGGCUAUAAAGCACAUGCAUGAUCACAACAUCUUACACAGAGAUCUUAAAACUGCUAAUAUAUUUUUGACUAAAGAUGGUACUGUAAAAGUUGGAGAUUUUGGAAUAUCAAAAAUGUUGACUACAAAACAAGGUGGUGCUAUAACUGUGGUUGGAACACCUUAUUACAUUAGCCCAGAAAUGUGUGAAGGAAAAUUCUACAAUCAAAAGUCAGAUAUCUGGGCUCUUGGAUGCAUUUUGUAUGAAAUGGCAUGUCAACAAAAAACAUUUGAAGGAUCAAAUUUGCCAGCUCUUGUUAAUAAAAUUGUUAAGGGUCAAUUUGCUCCUGUUAAAGGUAACUACUCACCUGGUUUUAAACAGCUUAUCAGAGAUCUUUUGCAACGAGAUCCAGAUCUGCGUCCUACAGCUGCUGAAAUUCUUCAUAAUCGUUUACCUCCUUUAUUGAGUGUUUAUGAAGAUAACAGCAUGAAAGAAUAUGAUGAAGCUGAGAUUUCCAUGGAUUUCAAUUACCAAGGGCAACCAGCAACAACUAAAAGUUCCAGUGCUGAACUAAGAUCUGUUUUAUAUGAUGUGAAAAUGUAUCAGGCAGAUAUAUCUUUAGCACCAAUACCUUUACCACCAAGAACCAAAAUAAAAGAGGUUGCUUUAAGCUCUACCCAUAUGAUUGUUCUUACUGCUGAACUUUUAGUAUAUACUUGGGGUGAUGGUCGCAAGGGUCAACUUGGACAUGGAAAACUGGAAACUUGGAGAGAAAAGCCAUUCUGUGUAGAUGCUUUAAAAGGAAAGAAUAUCACAAGGAUUUGUGCUGGUGAAGGUUUUAGCAUUUUUUCCAGUGAUAAUGGAAUUUUGAUGACUUGCGGAAAUGGUUCGCAAGGCUGUCUUGGCCAUGGUGACUGGAAUAUGUGUGUUAAGCCUAAACUCAUUGAAAAACUGUUAAGUGUUGAUAUAUCAGAUGUUAGUUGUGGCCCUCAUCAUGUUGUUGUUGUUGGAAGAGAAGGUGAUGCUUAUGCAUGGGGUUGUGGAUCUGGAGGUAGACUUGGAACAGGUAGAGAAAACGACUGUUGCUCACCAAUGGAAAUACUUCUUCCAAAUGAUGUUCAUGUUGUGAAGUCCUUUUGUGGAUAUGAUGGAACAAUUUUUUUAACUGAACGAGGAACAUUACUUGCUUGUGGUCAGAAUGAUUAUAAUAAGCUUGGUAUGAAUGAACAGAAAGGAUUUCUCUUGCAAAUGAAGCAAUUUAUAGCCAAAACUGAUGUUGAAAAGCAAAACACUCCAAUUAAAUUGAGUUGGUUGCGGCAAAAGGUUAUAUCAGUUUCCAUGGCUGCCAUGCAUACUGCUGUCUUAGUUGAACCUGGAAAAGUGAUAACAUUUGGAUGCAAUAAGAGUGGCCAACUUGGGAGAGGCAAUUUGCGAAAUCAUUCAUCCCCAGCAGUUGUUAAAUCUAUGGGUGACAGAACUGUAACUAUGGUCCAGUGUGGUGAUACGUUUACCAUAGCUGGUACAUCAGAGAAUGCUGUGUAUUUCUGGGGAAGCCGACAAGUUUUAUCUCAGCAGCCAUUGGAGCAAUCUUUAACAAAUGGCAAUAGUUUGAAACCAUCAAAAUCCAAAAUUAACACUAGAAGACUCAGUGAUUCAGAAUACUUAUCAGAAGUCAGUGAUACAUCUGUGUCUGAAAUCAUCAAAAUUGGUGUUAGCAAUAGUCCGUUAAUGUCUGAAAUUGAAAGAGUUGGGCCUGAUUCUCCAAUAAUUCAAGUAAAAACUCCGGAUGUUCUUUCUGGAUCUCCAACAUCAUCCAUUUCAAGCCGAAAGUCAACAACAACAUCAUAUGAUGAGGAUCGGGACAACUUUGUAGACUCAUGUAGUGGAAGGAGAGAUGUAAUUUUAAAUCCAAAAGAAAUUUUAGCUUUAUAUGCAUCCCCUGCUCAGAUUGCUAAAGGUGAAAUGGUAAGCUUAGCUAAUCUAUAUUGCUUUGGCAUGCAAGUGUAUCUUGUAGUCGAUACAACUGCACCCCUACCUCAAAAGUGCAACAGAAAAAACACUGUACCUGAAAGAAGAAGCCCUAUUUCAGUUCCUGCACCUGUGGUUGCACCUGUUUCUGUUAAAUCUCCUGCAAACUCUGAGCCAAAAUCUUCAUUUCCAGAAGAAGACAGUUUAGGACCUAUCCCAGAAUGGCUCAAAAUGGAAUUGGCAAAUGCUGUUUCAUCCAACACUAUUAGUAAAAAUAUAACAACUACUGGCAUUGGGAAUGGCAAUGUUCAAGAAACGAAUCAAAAUUCAUCACAACAAGACAUAUCGAAUCAUCAGGCACCACAGCACAUUAAAGUUAAACCAUUUCCUUCUGUUGUGAAAAUUGAUGGAACUGCUGAUGACAGGAAUUUUAAUAACACAAAUGGGGAUAAUUAUGCUAAAUCAGAACAUAUUGUUGAAAGUAAUAGAAAUCAAGUUAAAAAGCUUGGACGAACAGCUGAGUUAGAAAAUGAAAUUUUAAAACUAAAAGAAGAAUUGAAAAGAUAUCAAGAAUCGAAAAAUAACCAACUAAAUGAGGAUCUUGAAUUUUUAGAAGAAGAUUAUGAAGAAAGGCCUGUCUCCAAAAAAAGUUUUUGGUCAAGAAGAGGUAGUCAGGCAUCAAAGUCAAAACAACGAAGCAGAAUCUGUAGCAUACAAUGACAUAUUUUGUAUUUUUAUAUAUCAAACUGUAUAUAUUUGUUAAUGAAUAAAUUAUUUUAUUUUAAACUAU